AUGAAACUGCCAGACGAAUCGAACGGUUCUGUAGUGUAUAGCGAGAUACGAAAGAAGCCAUCAAGUCACGAGUCAACGAAAGAAGUCAGCGAUAAAGAGGACGCAUCUGAAACGCGCCAAGCGGACGAAAACACUUCAUCGGACCAAGCGGAAAUGCCUCCUCCGCCGGUGCCACCAAAACCGCGUUCCGCCUCAGCAAUGGCGGAUCCCAUGGUGCCUGAAUUGCCUGAGCGACGGGGAGUCCUACCAGCACAGGUACGACCACUUGUUCAACGUCCUCCCAGUCCACGAGAGGCGGGUAGAGCAACGCCAAGUAUCGAGCCUGAUUUAGUUGGGAAGGAUCGGUACGAUAAGGCUUCAAAGUGCUUCUCGUACGCUCCGACAAAAGCGCUGAAUGAGGCAUUCGAACGACCAAGGAAACCUGCUGCAGCUGCGAAAAUCGAACGGAAGGAGGAUGAGAUCCAAAAUAUCGAUCCGGAUGAAAUCAGCACUGUGAGUUGUGUACAACAGCAGUUGUAUAAAUAA